AUGUUGUCUCUUGCACGUCUAUGGGCGGUUAGUGCGGCUGCAACACUGGCUGUUGCUAUGCCGGCUAAUUUGUUCACCAAUCGAGAUGUUGAUUCUACUACGUACGAUAAUCUCUAUCUGUUUGCUCAGUACUCUGCCGCCGCAUACUGUUCGAACAACGUCGAUUCUGCCAGCACAGGCGAUUCGAUUACUUGCUCGGCCGAUAACUGUCCUACCGUGCAGUCGGCGACGACUACGACUUUAUACGAAUUUGACGACACCAACGACUAUGGAGACUCUGCCGGAUUCAUCGCAGUAGACGAGACCAAUGAGCUUAUUGUGCUGUCUUUCCGAGGCAGCACAGAUAUCAGCAACUGGAUUGCUAAUCUGGACUUCGUCUUCGACGAUGACACUGGGCUUUGCACUGGAUGCGAUGUACACAGCGGCUUCUGGAAGGCCUGGGAGUCCGUCGCAGAUGAUGUAACGGCCGAGCUCGACUCUGCGCUGAGCACAUACUCGGAUUAUCAGCUUGUGGUGACGGGCCACAGUCUGGGUGCUGCGCUUGCUGCCUUGGCAGGAACGGCACUUCGCAAUGCUGGAUACUCACUGGACUUGUACACUUAUGGCCAACCUCGUGUAGGCAACGAUGCUUUGGCUGAGUAUAUGACCGCACAAGGUAGUCUCUGGCGGACUACCCACACAGAUGACAUUGUUCCCCGUCUUCCUCCAGAGAUUCUUGGCUAUGCUCACGCCAGUCCAGAAUAUUGGAUUACCAGCGCCGAUGAAGUUACCGUGACUGACGAUGAUAUCGAGGAAGUUGUGGGUGUGAACUCCAAUGAUGGUAAUGCGGGAGAAGCAGAAGAGAGCAUCUCUGCUCACAAGUGGUACUUUAUGGCGAUUACCGCAUGUGAUUAA